AGUCAACUUUUCUUAUUUUUCCGAUUGGCUGGAGUUUCUUGUUUAGCUCGUACGCAGGAUUCGGACGGAAUGGCAGACGGCUUUAGCGGCGUGUUGAGAAUUACGGACUUAAAUGACUUUAUUGGGCCCUCACAGGAGUGCAUCAAGCCGGUGACGGUAGAGAAACGACCCGGAAAACUCGGGUCUAUCAAAAUCGGGGACGAUGGCUCCUAUCUUCAAGUUGACGAGUCCGGCCAGGCAUCCAAGCUGGAAAAGGCGCAGAUAACGCUCACGGACUGCCUGGCGUGCAGCGGUUGCGUGACUUCGGCGGAAACCGUGCUCAUCACCCAACAGAGCUCUGAGCAGCUUUACACCGUGCUCAAGGAAAACGCAGAACUGCCUGAAGAAAAACGCAAGCUCAUCGUCGUCACCGUGGCCCCCCAGGUGGCGGCCUCAUUCGCUGGGAAGUAUGGCGUUGGCUACGAGAGUGCUUCGGCGAGGUUGACUGGAUUUUUCAAGACAUUGGGGGCGCACUAUGUCUUGGACUCGACGUUUGGCCGCGAGUUCGCCCUCAUCGAGGUGCUUUGGGAUUUCAUUGAGCGAUGGGCGCGGAGGGACAGCGACCGAACUGCCUUGCCUCUCUUGGCGUCAUCGUGUCCAGGAUUUGUUUGCUAUGCCGAGAAGACCCACGGCGACGUACUGCUCCCACACAUCAGCCGAGCCCGUUCACCGCAGCAGAUCAUGGGGUCGCUGGUCAAGAAGUUUCUGGCCGGUAGGCUGGGAAAAAAGCCUGACCAGAUUUACCACGUCAGCGUGAUGCCCUGCUACGACAAGAAGCUGGAAGCGUCACGGGCAGACUUCUACGAUGAGAUAUACAGUACGAGAGAUGUUGACUGCGUCAUCACUUCUGUUGAAGUUGAAUCGAUGCUGGUGAAAGAAGACAAGUCGUUUGGUGAAUUGCCCUCAGCAGCAUCAGAUUCACUGUUCCGCUGCGAAACUGGUGGCCGUCCCUACAGGCACCCGGGGUCUGGAUCCGGCGGCUACUGUGAGUACGUCUUCGUGGAAGCAGCGAGGCUACUCUUUCACCGCAGACCCGAAGAGGUGGUCUUCAAGACACUCAGGAACCAGGACUUUCGUGAAGUGACACUGGAGCUUGGUGGGGAGACCGUUCUGCGCUUCGCCAUCGCCAAUGGCUUCCGCAACAUCCAGAACGUGGUGCAGAAGAUGAAGCGGUCAAAGUGUCCGUACCACUUCAUCGAGAUCAUGGCCUGUCCCGCGGGGUGCCUCAAUGGUGGAGCGCAGUUGCGACCGGACGACGGUGACUCGAAAGCACUGUUGAGGCGCGUCGAAGACGCAGUACAACAGGUCCAGUGUCAGCCGCCGGGCGCCAACACGGCCGUGCUAGACGUGUACCGCGACUGGCUGGGUCUCGAGGACCCGUCGACUGGAACUGGUGGCAGUGGUGAUGCAACGCUGUUGAGAACUACUUACCACGCCCUGGAGAAGACGACAAACUGCGCUCAACAUCGUUGGUGAUGACGUCAUCGCUCUUAUCCGUGUCGUCACGAGCGUGAGCCAAAGUGUUGUGUAGAGACAUCUUGCAUGAGACAGGUUAGGAAGUGAGCCUGUAUUUUUAAGGACAGAACUGGCUCGUUGGAGCCUGACAGUGCUUUUGACUGGUGCCUACCCGUGUUCUACUUGAAUCACAGCGGUAUGGAACCCCAAUCCUGAUCGAAGCCAGAGAAAGUGUGAACGAGCCAAAUGUGAAGCUGCUAGCCAAUUGGAGGCUGGAACAGGGAACAUGCCAGCGCAUCUUCUGUUGCAGAAAAACAAGGUGUGCGUGCUUCAUGGUGUUGCCAUUGAAAUGGUGUCAUAUCAGACGCAACUUCUGUGGAAGCUGCCGCAGCCAUGUGACCGGAACUCUGCUGCAUCGUUGUUCCGCUUCCAGGCCGAGGGCACGAGCGCCCCCAAUCAUAGGUGUGCGCAGAGUUCUACAUUAGGGGGGAGGGGGGGGCAAAGUUUCGCCGCCGCACCCCGCCCCCCUCUUAUUGCUCUUAUUGGUCGAAUCCAAAGAAAAGAAAAGCUUCACAAUGAUGCAAACGUGAAGAUGAAGCGAUGACGUGUUUCUCACAAUGGCCUGCCUUUGAUCCAUGGCUUUCCGAGGAUAAAAGUGGAAAGUACUAAACAGUUUUGGAAUGCAACAUGAGGCGUCCUUGGUCGCCAUUAUCGUCAAAAACCUUUGUGGUCAUAUGCGGAACAGACUUGGUGCCCGCCUUUGAUGAUUACAGGGGGGGGGGUGCCCGCACCCCCUCAUGCACACACCUAUGCCUCCAAGCAUUCUGAGAAGCAGCUGAACCUUUACAUAGUGCUCGAUUUUGAUCAGCCAAAUGUAUUAUUAGUGUCGUAUAAUAGGAUAUACACUUAUGAGCUGAAUGAGAGGGAACAGUUGAUUCAUCUUCAAUUAGCAAUUAGUCUUAUGAGUUUGAACUUGGCAUGCAGGUAUAUAAGCCAAGUUUCUUUUGUAAGCUGAAGUUUAAGGAUUGCUUUUCUUUUCCUUUUGAAUUAUUUGGAAUGCAGAAGUUUUCUACAUCUGAUCUAGAAUCACUGCAGCCCCCAGAGCCCCAUAUUGGGUGUUGUCUGGGGUUCACUUAGAACUCAAAUAUGCCAUAUCAUUUCGAAGCUGUCAGAAUUCUGGCACAUGCUUCCUGCAAAUAAAUGUUGGCAUUCGACGAGUACGAAUGCACAUUGUAAUUUGAAAUUAAAGAUGGGUCUCAAAGUGCCUGGUCGUUGCAUCGCUGUAGUCGUUAAGUUGUUAUGACAGAGCAAAAUUUGUGCUUGUAUAACAACUAUGCCACGUACGAUGAUCAUAAAAAUAAAAAACUAACAACAAUGCCUCACAUGUUUGUUCUGGCUGUAAUUUAUUAAGGUGACCUUGGUUAACCCCUUAACUCUUGUUUUUUGAGAGUUUUUCUGUUUAAAAACUUUUUUUUUUCAACGAUAUUGAACAUUUUGCUUCUGAAAAGCAUGUUUUGAGUGACAGAAAAAACAUUGAAGCGUAUAUUAAGUCAAAUUAGCAUAACGAAGUUUAUUGUCUCAUGGCUCAUUAGUGUCUUUCACGAUUUGCGAAAUAAUGUCUUUAUUGAGAAACAGGCGAAUAUAACACGUCAAGUCAUCAAAGUAAACUUUAGUAUCUGAAUAAUGAGCACCUGAAGAGCUGUACGAUGAUAAAAGCCUUCUUUUCCGCGACAAUGCAUGAGCAAAGCACGCGUCACCUUCCCUGGACAACAUUUUCUAACACAAGUCGCGAAACAAUGUGAAAUGGUGGUUAAAAUAAAAGAAAUCGCCAGGCAAG